AUGUCUCAGCUUCAAAAUGAGAAGGCGUCGUUCGACCAUCUGCUAACGUCUUCACGCCGUCGAGAACUUUACCAGAACUUGGGAUGCGUGAUAAUUUGGAAGUUAAAAAAGACAAGAAUUUCAGCCAUCCCACGGGCGAAUCCGGACCAUCUUCGUCCGAUUUUCGAUCGAUUUGCAUCAAAAGAGAUCAAGGGAAAAAGGCUGAUGACUCCAGAAGAUUUCAUUCGUGGGUAUUUGGGUCUUUACACUGAAGAGAACUACAACAAAGAAACUGUCCGUCUUCUGGCAUCUGCAGCUGAUACAACAAAAGACGGCGAUAUCUCUUUCGAAGAGUUUUGUGCUUUCGAAGCCCUUCUUUGCAGUCCGGAUGCAUUGUACUUGACGGCGUUUGAGUUGUUCGAUAGAAACGCAUCGGAUACUAUCAGUUGUGAUGAGUUUGAAGCUGUCAUUCGGCAUACUCAACCUCUUCAUGAUCAGGAUUUCGAUUUCAAUUCUGAAUUCAUUAAGAGAUAUUUUGGAGCCGACAAAAAGCGCAACGUAAAUUAUCAUUCGUUCUGUCAGCUUCUUCAUGAUUUCUACGAAGAACAGGGAAUACAGGCAUUCAAAAAGUACGAUAAAAACGGCAAUGGAACCAUCUCGUCGCUGGAUUUUCAGCAAAUCAUGACUACUGUCAAAGGUCAUUUGCUCACCGAUUUCGUACGACACAACUUGAUCGCAGUGUCAGGAGGCGGAGCCAGUGGACAUAAGGUCACCUUCCCUUACUAUGCUGCUUUCAACAGUCUUCUCGCCAAAAUGGAGUUGAUCAAGCGUGUGUACGUUUCGAAUGCUCGUGGAAAUCUGGACAUCGAGAUGACUAAGGAAGAGUUCCUUCAUGCAAUUCAAAGCUACACGCAAGUGACGCCGUAUGAAGUCGAAAUCCUCUUCCAUCUAUCGGAACUUAACCAUCCGGGGCGAAAGACGUUGAGUCUGAAGGAUAUUCAAGCAAUCGAUCCAGAGAGAUUGAAGAGAGUGUCCCAGAUGGAUCGGUUGAUUAACAUCAAAGCUGUGCAUCAUAAGGAUGAGAGAGGAAUCGGAACGGCUUUCCUCGAAUCUGGCUAUCGUUUUCUAUUGGGUUCUAUCGCUGGAGCAUGCGGAGCCACCGCUGUUUACCCAAUUGAUCUAGUGAAAACUCGCAUGCAAAACCAGCGUACUUCUGGCUCAUUCGUCGGCGAAGUGAUGUACAAAAACUCGUUGGACUGUUUCAAGAAAGUUGUGAAAUUCGAAGGUCUUUUGGGUCUCUACCGUGGACUUCUCCCACAAAUUGUUGGUGUUGCUCCUGAGAAGGCUAUCAAACUUACGAUGAAUGAUUUUAUGAGAGACAAAUUUACAACUGACGGCAAAAUUCCACUGUACGGAGAAAUCAUCGCCGGAGGAACUGGAGGAAUGUGUCAAGUUGUCUUCACUAAUCCCCUGGAAAUCCAAGCGGGCAAAAAAAUAGGAGUUAUGAGUGUUCUGAAAGAGUUGGGAUUCCUGGGACUUUACAAAGGAUCCAGGGCGUGCUUCUUAAGAGAUAUUCCAUUCUCGGCCAUCUAUUUCCCUGCUUAUGCGCAUGCCAAGUUGGCAACAGCCGAUGAGGAUGGAAUGAAUUCACCUGGAUCAUUAUUCUGUUCUGCAUUCAUUGCUGGUGUGCCUGCAGCUGGAUUAGUAACACCUGCUGAUGUUAUAAAAACAAGACUGCAGGUAGCUGCUAGAGCUGGGCAGACUACUUACAACGGAGUUAUUGACUGUGCACGGAAACUACUGAAAGAAGAGGGACCAAUGUCACUUUGGAAAGGAACUGCUGCCCGUGUGUGUCGUUCUAGUCCUCAAUUCGCCGUCACACUGCUCACCUACGAAGUACUCCAACGUCUGUUCUAUGUAGAUUUCGCUGGUUCCCGUCCGACUGGUUCCGAGUUGGCGACAACGAAAACAAUUCAAGACGAGUCAUCAACGAAUCCAGAUCAUGUCGGUGGAUACAAGUUAGCUGCCGCCACAUUCUCUGGUAUCGAACAUAAAUUCGGACUGUUCUUGCCGAGGUUCGAGACGACAAAGUGA